CUGUACUAAUGACCAUAAUUUCUGAUAGUGAAUCCGAUAUGACCACAUGACGGCCACCAAAAAUCACAGUCUGCCGUCCAACUGAAAUUAGUUCCAUAGAAUGUAUCGUGCGGCUCGCUUUGCAACUGUCAUGGCUUAUUUAUAUUCCAUCCUGUUUGGAGUCAUAGCCUUUACAUAUGACCUUGAAACGGGUUAUGUAACUAAGAAAACACCCUUAACCACCUAUUGUCUCUUGAUAAACUUUCUCACCGUCUCGUGUGUCAUCUAUUUUGGCCGUAACAUGGAAUUGAAAAUGGAAUCCAGUGAUAAACCUGAUCUACACAAUAAAAUAUUGGUUGCCCUGACCUUCAUACGCAUUCUUGGAGUAUCACUGACUUUGGUAAACAAUUGGUGGCGGCGUGAUGAAUUCAUACAUAACCUCAAUACAUUUAAAGCGUUUCGAGAGCGAUUCUUGCGCAAGCAUUCGACCAACAAGAGGUAUGAGGAAUAUUUUAAUCAGCAAAUUGUUUUAAAAUUUGGUAUUGGGGCGCUGUGUGAGGUGAUUAUGUUCUAUGGAUCGGUGCGCAUAAUGAGGCAAAUAUUUUCGGAUUUUUGCCGUCACACGGUCUUUGGUCUAAUGUCGACGGUGUUGAAUUUGAUGGCCUGUCAUUACUUCUUCAUAGCUCUUAGUGUUCGAAUCCUAUUCUGUAUUAUAGCCGAUGAAUUGAGGAGACUCCUCACCACCAUGGAGAAUUUAUUUGCCGACUUCCACACCAAGUGCAUUGGUCCUGGGCUUUUAAGUGUCAAGAGUUGCCAGCUGGCCGAUGAAUUCGAUGACUUGUCCGGAAUGCACACGGAACUUCAAGUGCUCAGUGAAAAAAUCAACUCCAUGUUCUAUGUCCAGGGUUGUUGUGUCUUUUUGAUACUCUAUUUGAAUAAUAUUUGUGUCCUCUAUAUCUACUACAUGUUGGCCAAACAGGUGGAGCUGGGUCCCCAAUUCAGUCAUGCCAUUCUGUAUUUUUUACCCUUGGCAUUAUUGCUUUACUAUGCCGAUGGUUAUAUGCUAAUAGAUUUAGUAUUGCGUUACAUGGACGCCAUUGAAAUGCCGGCCCAGUUGUUAAAGGAUUGUGCCGCUUGGCUGCCCAUCUUGGAUCGUAGGCUAGAGGAAAGUGUAAAACUGUUCUCCCUGAAAAUGGCUGCUUUUCCCGUGAGUCGGAGUUUGUUGUAUCUUUUCGAUGUUACCCGGCCCAUGGUGUUUGCCACCAUCACUUCGACCAUCACGAAUGCUAUUGUUUUGGUGCAGUAUGAUUAUCAAUAUAAUGAAACUUAA